AUGGCCGAGCCGCUCCCGCCCGAGCACCCGCCCCGGGCGAGCAACCACUGCACCGGCGGGGAGCGGAGCCCCGAGGCGGCCGAGAGGGACGGCCGGUGGCCCUCGAGGGAGGCGGCGUCCCCCCGGCCCGACGGAGCGCCGGGCGCCCCGCUGCCGCCGUGCCCCGAGAUGCGCUGCCUGGAGCUGGGCGAGCGGGACCGCCGCAACGGGGAGGCGCGGGGCGAGCCGGGGCCGGGGGCGCCCGGGGAGGCGCGCGGCGAGCCGGAGCCGGAGCCGGGGGCGCCCGGGGUGCGGCGGCAGCCCGGCAAGAAGAAGCACCGGCGGCGGCCGUCCAAGAAGAAGCGGCUGUGGAAGCCCUACUACAAGCUGACGUGGGAGGAGAAGCAGCAGUUCGACGAGAAGCAGAGCCUGCGCGCCUCGCGCCUCCGCGCCGAGAUGUUCGCCAAGGGGCAGCCCGUGGCGCCCUACAACACCACGCAGUUCCUCAUGGACGACCACGACCAGGAGGAGCCCGACCUCAAGACGGGCCUGUGCCCGCGCGCGCGCGCCCGCGGCCGCGGCGACGCCAAGUCGGACGACACGAGCGACGACGACUUCGCCGACGACGCGGCCGACGACGAGGGCGACGAGGACGGCGGCGGCAGCGACGGCAUGGGCGGCGACGGCGGCGAGUUCCUGCGGCGCGACUUCUCCGAGACGUACGAGCGCUACCACGCCGAGAGCCUGCAGAACAUGAGCAAGCAGGAGCUCAUCAAGGAGUACCUGGAGCUCGAGAAGUGCCUGUCCCGCCUGGAGGACGACAACAACCGGCUGCGGCUCGAGGGCCGGCGGCAGGCCGGCGAGGACGCGCGCCUGCGGGAGCUGGAGCAGGAGCUGGAGCGGCUGCGCGCCGAGAACCUGCAGCUGCAGGCCGAGAACCAGCGGCUGCACCGCGGCCCCAGGCCCAAGGCGGCCGACUAG